AUGGCUGCCCGUCCCUCUCUCGCAGCUCCUCUCAGCCGCCCGUCGGGCCCAGCGCGGCGCGCUGGAGGCGGUGGAGGCAGAGUGGAACCGCCCAGCCUCGGAGCCCCAGCCCGGUGGCCGCGAGCUGCAUCCGAGCCAUGCGCCCCGCCGGUGGGCGUCCUCGCCGGCCUCCAUGCCGCCUCAGGAGGCCGCGCUUCACCCGCCUUCCACCCGUGUUCCUGCUCUGCCCGGCGCCGGGGGGCGGGAAGACGCACGCCUGACCCCGAGGCAUCGGCGGUCAGCGUGCGGUCUCCGCGGCAGCCAGAUAAAUUGGUGGUAGUUUGGACAAGAAGAAGCCGAAGGAAGUCUUCUAAGGCUCAUAGCUGGCAACCUGGAAUAAAAAAUCCAUACCGUGGUGUUGUAGUAUGGCCUGUUCCUGAAAACAUUGAAAUCACUGUGACACUUUUUAAGGAUCCUCAUGCAGAGGAAUUUGAAGAUAAAGAGUGGACAUUUGUCAUCGAAAAUGAAUCUCCUUCUGGUCGAAGGAAAGCUCUUGCUACUAGCAGCAUCAACAUGAAACAGUAUGCAAGCCCUAUGCCAACUCAGACUGAUGUCAAGUUAAAAUUCAAGCCAUUAUCUAAAAAAGUUGUAUCUGCCACUCUCCAGUUUUCAUUAUCUUGCAUUUUCCUCCGGGAAGGAAAAGCCACGGAUGAAGACAUGCAAAGUUUGGCUAGUUUGAUGAGUAUGAAGCAGGCUGAUAUUGGGAAUUUAGAUGACUUUGAAGAAGAUAAUGAAGAAGAUGAUGAGAACCGAGUGGACCAAGAGGAAAAGGCAGCAAAAAUUACAGAGCUUAUCAACAAACUUAACUUUUUGGAUGAAGCAGAAAAGGAUUUGGCCACUGUGAAUUUAAAUCCAUUUGGUGAUCCUGAUGUAACAGGAUUAAAUCCAUUUGAAGAUCCUGACUCAGAAGAACCAACCACUGAAACAGUAUCACCUAAAAAACCAGAAGAAUCUUUUUAUAAUAACAGCUAUAAUCUCUUCAAAGAGAUACAAACUCCACAGUAUUUAAACCCAUUUGGUGAACCAGAAACCUUUGAAACUAUAAAGGAUUCUCCUCCCCAAUCAACAAAAAGAAAAAAUAUAAGACCUGUGGACAUGAGCAAGUACCUCUAUGCUGAUAGUUCUAAAACUGAAGAAGAGGAGUUGGAUGAAUCAAAUCCUUUUUAUGAACCUAAACCAACACCUCCUCCAAAUAAUUUGAUAAAUCCAAUUCAAGAACUGGAAAGUGAAAAGAGAGUGAAAAGAAAAGCCCCAGCCCCACCAGUCAUCUCACCAAAGAUGGGAGGAGUAAACGAAAAUACAGUUGUUUCUGCAGGAAAAGAUCUCUCCACUUCUCCUAAGCCAAGUCCUAUACCAAGUCCUAUUUUGGGGCGAAAGCCAAAUGCUAGUCAGUCAUUGCUUGUAUGGUGCAAAGAAGUUACGAAAAACUAUCGGGGAGUAAAAAUCACAAAUUUUACUACAUCAUGGAGAAAUGGUUUAUCUUUUUGUGCAAUAUUACACCACUUUAGACCGGAUUUAAUUGACUACAAGUCUCUGAAUCCUCAAGAUAUUAAAGAGAACAACAAAAAGAAAUCACCUUUAUGGUGGGCAUGCUGCAAAGCAUAUGAUGGAUUUGCCAGCAUAGGAAUUUCCCGGUUAUUGGAACCUUCUGACAUGGUCUUAUUAGCAAUUCCUGACAAACUGACUGUUAUGACUUAUCUCUAUCAAAUAAGGGCACAUUUCAGUGGCCAAGAACUAAAUGUUGUUCAGAUAGAGGAAAACAGCAGUAAAAGCACAUAUAAAGUUGGAAACUAUGAAACAGAUACAAACAGUUCUGUUGAUCAAGAAAAAUUCUAUGCAGAACUUAGUGAUCUGAAACAGGAACCUGAACUGCAGCAGCCUACCAGCACAGCCGUAGACUUCUUAUCACAGGACGACUCUGUAUUUGUAAAUGAUAGUGGGGUUGGAGAGUCAGAAAGUGAACAUCAGACUCCUGAUGAUCAUCUUAGUCCAAGCACAGCCUCCCCUUACUGUCGCAGGACUAAAAGUGACACAGAACCCCAAAAGUCCCAACAGAGCUCUGGAAGGACUUCAGGUUCCGAUGACCCAGGAAUAUGUUACAGUACGGAUUCAACUCACGCGCAAGUUUUGUUAGGCAAGAAGAGACUAUUGAAAGCUGAGACUUUAGAAUUAAGUGAUUUAUAUGUUUGUGAUAAAAAGAAGGAUGUGUCUCCACCCUUUAUUUGUGAGGUGACAGGCGAGCCAAAGCUUCAGACUCUGGACAUCAGUAGUAACUUGGAGCAAGAAAAAUUAGAGAAUUCUAGACCCUUAGAAUGCCGGUCAGAUCCUGAAUCACCUAUCAAAAAAACAAGUUUAUCUCCCACAUCUAAACUUGGAUCCUCAUACAAUAGAGAUGCAGAUCUUGCGAAGAAAAAGCAUACUUCCCUGAGGCAGACAGAGUCUGAUCCAGAUGCAGAUAGAACCACUUUAAAUCAUUCAGAUCAUUCUGCAAAAACAGUCCAGCAACGAAUGUUAUCUCGACAAGAAGAACUUAAAGAAAGAGCAAGAGUUCUGCUUGAGCAAGCGAGAAGAGAUGCCGCUUUAAAAGCAGGGAAUAAGCAGAAUACCAACUCAGCCACAGCACUCUGCAACAGGCAGCUAAGUGAUCAGCAAGAUGAAGAGCGACGUCGGCAGCUGAGAGAGAGAGCUCGUCAGCUAAUAGCAGAAGCUCGAUCUGGAGUGAAGAUGUCAGAACUUCCCAGCUAUGGUGAAAUGGCUACGGAAAAGUUGAAAGAAAGGUCAAAGGCAUCUGGAGAUGAAAAUGAUAAUAUUGAGAUAGAUACUAACGAGGAGAUUCCUGAAGGCUUUGUUGUAGGAGAUGGAGAUGAACUUACUAACUUAGAAAAUGACCUUGAUAUUCCCGAACAAAAGACUAAGUUGGUGGACUUGAAGCUGAAGAAGCUCCUAGAAGUUCAGCCACAGGUGGCAAAUUCACUCUCCAGUGCUUCUCAGAAAGUUAUAACCGAGAGCUCAGAGCAAGACAUUAAGAAUGGCACAGAAGAUCUCCAGGCUGAACGAUUACAAAAAGCGACAGAAAGAUUUAGAAAUCCUGUUGUGUUCAGCAAGGAUUCUACAGUCAGAAAAACUCAACUUCAGUCUUUCAGUCAAUAUGUUGAGAAUAGACCAGAUAUAAAAAGACAGAGAUCAAUACAGGAAGAUACAAAGAAAGGAAAUGAGGAGAAGGCAGCGAUAACUGAAACUCAGAGGAAGCCAUCAGAAGAUGAAGUGCUUAAUAAAGGGUUCAAAGACACCAGUCAAUAUGUUGUAGGAGAAUUGGCAGCACUAGAGAAUGAGCAAAAGCAAAUUGACACCCGUGCCGCGCUGGUGGAGAAGCGCCUCCGCUAUCUCAUGGACACAGGAAGAAACACCGAAGAAGAAGAAGCUAUGAUGCAGGAAUGGUUUAUGUUAGUUAAUAAGAAAAAUGCCUUAAUAAGGAGAAUGAACCAGCUCUCUCUCCUGGAAAAAGAACAUGACUUAGAACGAAGGUAUGAGCUGCUGAAUCGGGAAUUGCGGGCAAUGCUAGCCAUUGAAGACUGGCAGAAGACUGAGGCCCAGAAGCGACGCGAGCAACUCCUGCUGGAUGAGCUGGUGGCCCUGGUGAACAAGCGUGACGCGCUCGUCAGGGACCUGGAUGCACAAGAAAAGCAGGCCGAAGAAGAAGAUGAGCAUUUGGAGCGAACUCUGGAGCAAAACAAAGGCAAGAUGGCCAAGAAAGAAGAGAAAUGUGUUCUUCAGUAGCAACUGGACCAGACUAUAUCCCAAAAUUUUAGUCUUGGGUCCACAGACCAGAAAGUCAGACUCGUUGUUGAUUUAAAACUUAACAUUUCAUUUGGCUGGAUUGUACUUCUUUGCUACCACCACCACCCCUUUUCCUCCCUCCUUUCCAGAUUAAAUAUACAGAGCUCCAACAUAGCUUUGUGUAAGGAUUUUUGUGUGAGUUAAUCAUUUCCUUGAAAUCAUGUGAAAUAGAUUUGCACAGAUACCUUGUGAAUGAUUGGUAUUGGGAGUGUUCGAGAAACUGUUCAAAGAAGAAAGAAAAGAACACCCUUCCCUCAUUUUUUGAUGAGAGAAAUUUUAAAACAUUUUUUGUUGUUAAUAGCAUAAUGAUGGUGGGAGGGGGGUCAGAGGGGAAUAAGAAAAAUGUCAUGAAUGAUUUUUUCCCAGUCCUGCCAUAUGUAACCCUGACUCUGUUACCUAAAUUUUAUAGUUAGAUCAUAUUCAAUUUACUUAUUAAACUGUUCUAUUUACCAGUGGGAUUUUCUGCAGUUGUUUUGCAUUUCACUGUAAGGAUAAUAGAGUUCCUUUCCUCUCCUCUCCUCAGAGGAUGGCCCUUUAACAUAGCCCUGAGACUAGUCCUGUGAUUUAAAGGUGAGCUUUGAGGAUGGGACUAAUUGACAUGCAUCAGUUUACAAAGAGCUCUUAUCUUCUGAGAAUGCGCCAUCUUUUUCUCUGGAUAAUUAUUUAUUACAUCUAGCUUGGUUCCUACAUUUUGUUAGCUCUCAACAUUGGCUCAAGAAUGCUGUUAAUAUUUAUUCUGUAUUGAUAAAAAGUCUGUCUUGCCACUAUGAGUAAGUCUCCCAAUUAAUAUUUUCUUCUCUAGCAUAGCAUUGUCAUUUUUUUGUGUGAAAAUGGUUAUCUGUUUAUUUAUUACAAUAUUGAAGUCAUAUAUAAAUUUUCAAUAAAAGCAGAAACUUUCUUACCUUAAA